AUGGGCGCGGCGGACUACGUGCCGGGCGGGGAGGUGGCGCUGCUGUUCAUGGGCGUGUCGCUGGCGCUCGGCGCGCUGUGCCGCCAGAUCUUCAACAACACGCGCGUGCCGUACACCGUCGCGCUGCUGCUCGUCGGCAUCGCGCUCGGCGCCUUUGAGUUCUACGUGGACCUGGGGCUGCUCGGCAACAGCAUCCGCAUGUGGGCGGAGGUGGAGCCGAACAUAAUCUUCUUCGUCUUCCUGCCCGCACUGCUCUUCGAGAGCGCCUUCGCCUUCGAGCUGCACCAGAUCAAGCGGUGCAUGUUUCAGAUCUUCCUGCUGGCAGUGCCGGGUGUCGCCAUCACCACGGGCUUCCUCGGUGUCAUCUGCAAGUGCGUGCUGCCAUACGGCUGGUCAUGGUCCACGGCCAUGCUGCUGGGCAGCGUCCUCAGCACCACGGACCCCGUUGCUGUCGUCGCUCUGCUCAAGGAGCUGGGUGCUUCCAAGAAGCUGCGCACCAUCAUUGACGGCGAGGCGCUCAUGAACGACGGCGCGGCCAUAGCGAUAUUCCAGCUGUUCCUGCAGCUCGUGUUGGGCUACACCUUCUCAGCGGGCGAGGUCGUUGCCUUCAUCUGCCGCGUCUUCUUCGGCGGCAUAGCGUUGGGGAUGGCGUUCGGGGUGGUGAGUCUGCUGUGGCUGCGCACCGUCUUCAACGACUACAUCAUCGAAAUCACCAUCACCAUCUGCGGUUCCUACAUGGCCUUCUUCGUCGCGAACGCGGUGACCAACAUGUCCGGAGUCAUGUCUGAUAUGACCCUCGGCAUCAUGUUUGCCAUAUUCGCCAAGACAGCAUUCACAGGGGAGAACGAGAAGAACAUGCACAGCUUCUGGGAGAUGCUGGCAUACAUCGCCAACACGCUCAUCUUCGUGCUCAGUGGUGUGGUGAUCGCAGAGAGCGUGCUGCACAACUCCAGCUACAUCCAAGGCAGCGACUGGGGGUACAUGCUGGCAUUGUUUGUGUUUGUGCAGCUGUCGCGCGUGGUGGUGGUGGGGGUGCUGUACCCCGGGCUGGCCUCCAGCGGCUACGGGCUCACGUGGAAGGAGGCCAUCAUCCUCGUCUGGUCCGGCCUGCGCGGCGGCAUUGCUCUCACGCUCGCCCUCGUCGUCAGCCAUGAGAAGCGCCCCGACAAGAUCUCAGCAUCCACGUCAGCCAAGUUCAUGUUCAUAACGGGCGGCAUAGUGUUCCUGACGCUGAUAGUGAACGGCAGCACCACGCAGUUCAUAUUCGCCGCGCUGCGCCUCAACCGCACGUCCAACGUCAAGAAGCACGUGCUCCACUUCACGCGCCACGAGCUCUUCCACCACGCGCUCAAGACCUUUGAGGAGAUCGGCGACGACGAGGAGCUGGGGCCCGCCGAGUGGAGCACCGUCAGCGACUACCUCACGUGCCUGGAUCAACGCGUGCUGGAGCCGGGGGGGCGAGGGGCAGCAGGGCACCACGCGCACUCGCGCAGCAGCCGCACGCAUACCGGGUCGUCGCUGCAUGCGCACGGGGAGGGAGGGGGGGAGAUGGAUGUGGAGAAGCAGGCGGAGGAGGCAGUGCGGCAGCAGCAGCUGGCGGACACGCGGCUGCGCUUGCUCAACGGCGUGCAGGCGGCGUACUGGAGCAUGCUGGAGGAGGGGCGAGUCAACCAGACGGCCGCCAUGCUGCUCAUGCAGGCCGUGGCGGAGGCCGUCGACCUCACCACAGAGCAGCACCGGCUGUGCCUGUGGGCGGCCAUGCGCCCGCACGUGCGCAUGCCGCGCUUCUUCCGUGCGCUGCACCGCUCGCUGCGCCCCAUCCUGCCCCAGCGCGCCCUCAACUGGGUCACCGUGGACCGCCUGGAGCUCGCCGCGUCCAUGAGUGCUGCUUACAUCCGCGCUCUCCGGCAGACACGGCAACAGCUCCGAGAGUUCCUCAAGGACAGCCCAAUACUGGAGGCGGUGAUAUUGGAGAGCGAGGAGGAGGAGACGGAGGCCAGGAAGUUCCUCGAGGACGUGCGCCUCAACGUGCCUGAGGUGUUGACAAUCAUCAAGACAAAGCAGGUGACGCAGGCGAUACUGGCGGAGCUGUACGGCUACGUGGAGAAUCUCGACCACUCAGGGCUGCUGGACCAGAAGGAGGUCACCCUGCUGCACAACGCCGUCACGGCGGACAUGAAGAAGCUGCAGCGCAGCCCGCCGUUUGUGGCGAUGCUGCCGGCGGGGGAGGUGCUGGCGAGGCAGCCGCUCAUCGGAGCGCUGCCGGCCGACAUCCGUCUGGCGCUGCUGCAGCCGCUCAAAGAGGCCACUAAGCUCUCCGGUGCCUCCCUCUUCCACGAGGGGCAGCCAGCACAGGGCGUCUGGCUCAUCGCCUCCGGUACCGCCAAGUGGACGUCCAAGGCGGCGGAGGCGGAGGCGGAGGCGCACGGGCAGCACCUCAUUCCGCCGCUGUUUGCACACGGCAGCUCCGUGGGGCUGUAUGAGACGCUAAGAGGGUGCGCGCACCUGUACUCAGUGACAGCAGACAGUGUGCUGCACUGCUUCUUCAUCGAUAGACAGAGGAUCCUGGCCGCCAAGAGCAGCAGCGAUGCCAUUGAGGACUUCCUCUGGAAGGAGAGCUGUCUGGAGGUGGCGCGUGUGCUGCGCCCCUUGGAGUUCGGGCUGCUGUCCAUGCACGACCUGCGCGUGCUCUUCUCCCAGUCCGCGCGCCUGCUCACCCUCGCCCCGCACUCCCCCGUGCACCUCGCGCCCUCCGAGGUGGCGCUGCUGCUGCUGGGCGCCGUGCGCCUGCCGGGGGAUGGCAGCGACAGGCAGGGGGGGGAUGGGGCGGACGAGGGGGAGGACGGCCACGAGCAGGGCGAGGAGGGGGAGGGAGGUGGCGGAGACAGCAGCCCCCCAGGUGCAGCUGCAGCCGCAGGCAGCCCGCAAAUCGGCCCCUCCUCUUCUCCACCACCUGGUGCUGCGGCGUCGCUCUCGCGGCCUGCACCCAUGGCAGCGGGUGGGGUGGCAGCGGAGAGUGCAGCCCCCCCCAGCAGCGUGGAGGAAGGCAGCAUGAACGGCAGCACGAGCGCCAGCAGCUUUGACGACCGCACGUCCGCGUCCGUGGCGCUCUCUACCGUUGCCUCUGACGUGACAGAUGGCAGGGCCGACACAGCGUGGGGGGGUAAGGAGUUGGAGGGGCAGGCGGUGCGCAAGGUGCGGAGCGAGGGCGUGGAGCAGGGCGGAGCAGGGGGUAGCAGCAGCAGCAGGGGCGGCAGCGGCAGCGGGGGGUUCCUGCGCGCGCGCAGUGAGGCGCUGCGCAGCGGGCUGAGAAGCCUGUCGAAAGGGAGGCAGCGCCUGGUGCGCGCCAUUAGCUCCAAGGAUAGAGAUGGGGACAAGGGGGGCACGUGGCAGAGUGGCAGGGAGGGCACGGGCAGGCGAGAGGAGAUGGAGCUGGGGGUGAUGGUGGAGGAUGGGCGUAUUGUGAGCAUCCACGCCCCCGCGUACCUCACUCCCCAGCCCAGCACUGGGGGGCCGGGGGAGGCGUCGUACGUGACAGUGACGACGUGCAAGCUGAUGGUGGUUGACAUGCCACACCCACAGCACUCCCUGCAGGGCACGCCUACACGCGCCUUCCACGGGCACCGCAGUGCACCGGCACACGACGCGGCAACGCUGCUGCGGUGGCAGCUGGAGGAGGGCGCGCAUGGCGAUGACGACGACGAUGGCUUCAUCACAGCGCGCCUGAGGGGGCGGGCGGGCGCUGAUGCUCGCGCUCAUGGCGCUGGGGGAGGGGCAGGGGGGCACGCGGGGAGCAGGCUGGGCGGGGUGCUGGGCAGCAUGAUGGGGGGCGGAGGGGCUGUGGCGGCUGGUGGGGAUGGUGACGUGGAGGACAGUGAGAUGACAAUGCCACGUGGCAGUGAGCUGGCUGCCAUGCUGGCGGACCGUGUGGCGGUGGAUCGGCAGCUGAUGGAGCGAGCCAUGCAACUCAGUGUCUUCGGCAACAAGAUGCAGACGAGGCCGAGGCGGGCGUCAGAGGCCCAUGCAGGGCACCCGGCAGGCACCGCUGCUGCUGCCACCGCCCGCACACCCGUGCGCAGCAGCAGCAGCGAGGCAGCGGCACCAUCAGCAGCAGCAGCAGCAGCAGCAGCAGCAGCAGCAGCAGCAGCAGCGGGUGCCACCCCACCCUCGUCAUCAUCACGGCAACCGCAGGAGUCAUCGCUCGCAGCGCUCGUGGCGUCACUCUCCGCUGUUGCCGCCGCUGCACCUCCCAACCCCUCCGCCCCUCCGUCUCGCCCUGUGCCCGCCUCUGCUCCCACAUCUGCCUCCGCUAUCCCCCUCGAUGCUUCCCCCCUUCUGCCCCAAAAUCACAGCGCCUCCGCCAUUCCCCUUCAGGGAGGGCAAGCAGAGGAGGCGCACCAGCUAGUGGAGCCGGGGAGUGGGGCGGAUGGGGGGAGAAGCGAGUGA